AGUGCCAAGCCUUUCUUCAUCAUUGGGCUCUCCUGCCCUGAAGGAGGAUAACUGUGAGAACCCUGUUUUGUUUGAGACUGAUAUAUACGAUUCACAAAUUAACUUAUUUUCAAAAUGUUACUUAACUGUAGGCCUACUUAAUAGACUACAUAUCAGUAGGUGACUUAAACCACAAACAUGGUGAUCAGGAGCCGUCAGUGUUUACUCAGUGGAGUUUUACUCUUCGCUAAAUUGAAAACAUUUAAAAACAAAGUAGGUCGCAGUAAAUUACACCACCUACAGUGCGUCAAAACUAUUCAGUCUGCAGAUAAUUCUUUGUUUUCACAACAGGCUAACUUCUCAGUAAGUCUUUACACUAUAGAAAUGUAGGUUUUAAUUGUAUCUGUUUGUUUUAAUGUUUAGGCUUCAAUAUUUAAUAUCAGUGAAUGUCCACAGCAGCAGAGGGUAUCCGAGGUGUUUACGUUACCAGGGUAACACACUGCGGAACUGACGUGUGCUUUAAUGCCGUUGCUGAAUGGAGGGAAUGUUGCGUUCAAUGCAACUCGGAAACCCAGCCAACAAUUUUAAGGGGAGCCUUAAGAGAAGUCAUGCAAUUGUUUAGAGAGAAAAUUAGUAAAAUUAGUAUGUUUGGGUGCAAACAGUGGGGGCAUUUGUCAACUGUAGGUAUUUAUUAUACUUUAUAUUAUGUUACUUUAAACAUGGCCAUGGGCGUCUUACCCCACUCUACCCUAUUCAAUAUUUAUUUCAGUAAAUGUCCACAGUAGCAGCGGGUUUCCGAGGUGUUUACGUUACCAGGGUAACACACUGCGGAACUGACGUGUGCUUUAACCUUUGACGUGUGCUUUAAUGCCGUUGCUGAAUGGAGGGAAUGCUGCGUUCAAUGCAACUCGGAAACCCAGUUCCGACCGGUCUCGAACGCGGCAUAAGUUCCCUUAACCUCACCAAAAGCUAAAGAAACUCAUUUUAAAAUAUUAAGGUACUUUUGUAUAUUUGUCUGGCUCUCAGGUGUUUUUAUAGUUCACUUUGGAAAGUUCAUGGUUGGCUUUACCUGUUUUCCACUCUGGACUUUCGCUGUAUGUUUGAGUACGGCAGUGUGGGCGAAGCCUGUUGAAGGUCAGCCUCAGUUGAUCGGUUCAUCUCGGCCAAUCGUGGUCUCUCUGGGUGAUGACAUCAUCCUGCCGUGUCGUGUGGAGCCUCUGCUCAACCUGGAGGACCUGACGGUGGAGUGGUGGCGUCCCGACCUCCCGCGUGACCCCGAAGAUCCACUGAGUCCGUACAAGCAUGUUCACCGUUACCGUGACAACCACGAUGUAGAGGACAUGAAGAUGUCGUCAUACGCUGGGAGGACGACGCUGUUCAAAGACGAGCUGAAACACGGAAACGCUUCACUCAAGAUCCUCAACGUGAAGCUCUCUGACCAAGGAAGCUACAGAUGUUUCAUCCCACAGCUGGGGAGGGCUACGAUUAUUAGGAUUGUUGUCGAUCCAGACACUGUUAAAACCUGGACAACAGAGACGCCGCUGCUUCCCAGAAAUCUCCAAACUCCAGAUCCAAAGGUGGAGACGGAUGUUAAAGGUGGUCGAUCCCAUCAGGGCGUUUGGAUCCCAGCUGUGGUUUUCGGUGUCUUACUUGUCCUGGGAGUCUGUGGUGGCGUCGCUGGAUAUGUGAUUAAACACAAGCCUCAAAAACUAAAUAUCAGGGAUUCAGACCAGCAUCACCUCCAGCCAGAAGUGGAUCCACUGGAUCAGCAGGAGGGAGCUCUUCAUGAUGGACACAGAUUACCAUCAGAAGGAACAUUAACGAUGUUGAAGGAGACUUUAAACUAGCGACAGAGACAAUGAACUGAAUAGUAAAGUGUUUACUGAGGGAAUAUAUCAGUUGAGAAGUAGGCUCACUUUCUCACUGACUUCAAUACAAUCUAACUUUUGAGAUUUAGUUUUUUAAGAGAGAGACUUUAUAUUUAUUUUUUAUAGUUUGCUCAAACUUCAUCUUCAGCUCUUGCAGCCUCUCUGGCAGCCAGAGAUGACAGCUAUUUCACCUCAAAGCAACACAUGAUGGACAACAAAGACGACAGAAGUGGUGGUGAUGGAGCAGUGGAUAAGACGCAUGCCUGUUUUUGUGGGAGACUCAUUGUCAGCCUCGUGUGAUCGGGUCACUUCAGCCAAUCAUCGCUGCUCCGGGUGAUGACGUCAUCCUGCCGUGCCACCUGGAUCCUGCUUACAAUGUGGAGGAUCUGACGGUGGAGUGGUCGAAGCCAGAUCUCAAGCCCGACCCCUCUGAUCGUCUGAGCCGGGUCGACUACGUGCACGUUUACAGGGACGGACGUGAAAACCUGGACAUGAAGCUCCAGUCGUACUUCGGCAGGACGAUGCUGUUCACAGACAAACUGAAACGUGGAAACAUUUCUCUGAAGAUCACCAACGUAACACAGGCUGAUGGAGGGAUAUACAAAUGUUUCAUCCCCAAGUUAAACAGCCAAGUGAAGGAGUCGAUUGUUCUACUUAUUGUUGAUCCACACUUUGUUAAAUCCUCGACAACAGAGACGCCGCUGCUUCCCACAAAUGUCCAAACUCCUGAUCCAAAGGAGGAGACGGAUGUUAAAGGUGGUCGAUCCCAUCUGGGAUUUUGGAUCCCAGCUGUGGCUUUCUGCAUCUUACUUGUCCUGGGUGUUGGAGUUGGUGCUGGAUGUGUGUUUAAACAGAAGUUUCACAAAGUAAAUGUGAUGGAGAAGGAAAGCAAACAACUUGUCCCAGUAUGAUGUCACUCCAGAUGAGCCACUUCCAGCCAAAGUGUCUUCCUAAAGAGCUCGUUAGUAUUUGAUGUUAACGGAGAUGAGAGUGUUCUGCACAUCUCCCUCUCUUGGAUCUUCCUCAUCAGUUCAGGGAUUCAGACCAGCAUCACCUCCAGCCAGAAGUGGAUCCACUGGAUCAGCAGGAGGGAGCUCUUCAUGAUGGACACAGAUUACCAUCAAAAGGAACAUUAACAAUGUUGAAGGAGACUUUUUAAACCAUCGACAGAGACAAUGAACUGAUUAGUAAAGUGUUUACUGAGGGAAUAAAUCAUUAGAGAAGUAGGCUCACUUUCUCACUGACUUCAAUACAAUCUAACUGUUUUUGC